AUGCUACUGAAAAGAGCUACCAGUGAUAGUAUCCUAAUUACUGGUCGAAGCCGUGUGGAUCGAGAACGAACCGCAUCAGGACAAUCUGCUGAGUCGGCUGAGUAUUUAACACCUGACGAAUCUCUACAUGGAUCGCCAAAGUCUCCAGCAUCGGAUCCAAUCAGUCCUUCACGAUCAGCGAUAAGAAGGACUCUGUUUGACACUCAGCACGACCCAUCGGGAGAUGAGUCAGGCGACGAAUAUGAAGAUGACGAUGAGAGUGCUUCGAUGCAUGAUCAUGGACGAUCUCCUCAUCCUCGAGGAUCACGUCGCAUUGAUGGUAAAAGCAAUAAUGAUCGGGCUGAUACAAUCCCGAGACUUCGCCGCCACGUUAGCUACUCUGAUGAGGUCGAGCAUCGUAUCAAGAAGAGCGACAGUGCUCUAACUAUGACGAACGAUACAGAAUCAAUAGCAGAUUCUAAAACAACCAAUUAUAUGUUUUCUAUUGCCGAUACCCCUCCUUUAACGCCCUCAUCGACGAAUCGAUCAGACCUAGAAAUUCCGCCCUUUGUACAUAAAGAUGUGCCACCUCUUAUCCCGCAAUCAUCAGCUACCAUAUCAACGGCAUCCAUCUCAGCUCCUCUAGUAAGGACACUGUCAUCUACGACAUCAUUAUCAUCGACUAGGAGUCAACGUGAAAGGGAGGAAUGGUCCGCCAUGUUAUCAUCUGUCAUGUCUGGUGAAGUAGUAACUAGUGAAAAGAAACGACUCUCUACAUGGCUCAUAUCGAAUACUCAACAGCACGCAGACGACAGGACACGAUUAUGGCUCAGUCUAAAGGCUCACUUGGCCGGACGUACCGUCGAAGAAGAACGAUGUCGUCUCGAAGAUAAACGUGCCAAAGUCGACAAGCUUCUUCAAGAAGUAAUGGACUUUACCGUAAAACUUGAUCCCAGCUCUCCACCACCACAUGAUCAAGUAGCUGCAAUAUUAGCCAGAGUAGAUCGAGCAGAGGCGUUAUAUCCAUCUCGUCAUGCCUUCAUUACUCAAACACCGAUGUAUGGAUCUGGGGCCUUCCAACAUCAGUUGGAUGCCUUGAUAUCAUGGGCUGCCGUAUCAAAAGCAAUUAGGAUAAAAUUAGCAAUCUUGAAAGAGUGGACUGGCUCAGAGUUGAUGGAGGAAUCGCUCAAUGAAGAAGUGAAACUAGAACGAUCAUCAUUCGUAGACAUGGUAUUGAAGAAUGCUGGUGUCAAAAUAGUGUUUACUACUGGUGUGCUGCGAACUUUACAAAAGCUUUUAGUCAAAUGUAAAACAGUAAUGACAGAGAAUUCGCAGGUGUAUAAACGACUAGGCCUCUCCAUGUUUUCACGGGAACUGGAACGAUUGGCUGCCUUUCCAUCAGACCUAAUGCAAGAAUUCUUGAAGGCCCGAUUGGCAUAUUGUGGUGCUCUCACCAGCUUGUCGGGAUCUGUUGCAGACCAAGUAAUAGAAGAUAUCGCAGAGAAUAUUCAGUUGGCAAUAUCGCUUCAUCAAGAUGCUCGACAUUUCUAUCAACCUACUUUUGGAUGGACAAUCUCCAAUUGUUUGAGCACUCAUUACGAAACGCAUCUGCUUGAGACAUUCAAACUCUAUCUCAAGCUUUUGGCUGUUCGCUCUGAACGUCUAUCAGAAUCCAUGUUGCUUCCGCUCACGGAGCAGCUUGAGGCUCAAUGGGAAUUUGCAAAGUCUAUCUGUCACGGUAUUCACGGUGCAGAUAUGGAAUGUGCCAUACAGUUUUGCACCAUGGAAACAAACUUAUUGCAAUACGCAGUCAAGCAAAUGGAAAUAUACUCUUCUCGUGUGGUAUCUCAGCAAACUGAAGCUGCUUUUAAGGCUGCCUUCAAAUCGCAUCAUCGGUUGUUGGAUGACACUCGAUCAGCAGUCUGGGCAAUCCUGCGUCUUUUAAAGUCAUUGGAAGCAUCAAUAUGUAAUGCUGUGGAAUAUCAAAUACUCGACGUUGGCCUUCUUGUCCAUCAGCUGGUUCAAACUGGACAUUCUUGGGUCGAAUUUAUAGGUGCUAACCCUGUCACUGAUAUGAUAGUAUUCGCUUCACCAAACACUCAGUCAGCCAAUGUAGUGACUAGUGUAUUGGAUACAUGUGUCUGUGACGCGGCAAACCCAGAAACACCACAUGAAUUUGGAUAUUAUUGUGUUAUAUUGCCCAUAUCCCCACAACAACUUGAAUGGAAUGGUCGAGUGAUCCAAGUACAUUCAUAUGAUAUACCCGAAACGCUUCUUCGAACCGGUCAUGGACUGGUGGUAGCAGAGAGUGUAGAUCAUGUUGAUGACUCUCGUUUGAGAUUUGAAAAUGGAGCUGGAGAGUCAGUGGUUGUAUGUAGUGAACCAAGACCAUUCCACUCUGGACCACAAAUAGGAUUGAGUGGAUGCCGUAAAUCUCUAGUGAGACUGCUACAUCGUGUCAAGUCUCUUACGGGCGAAAUUCGCCAAACCAUCAAUACAGUCGAAAACACGGCCCAAUUCGAUGCAGAUCCACGUCUCACCACAUCAGACGUUAUCGGUGAUUGGUUUUGUUUUGUCGCAGAGAUGUCUCAGAAGGCGCUCAAAUGCAUGACAUACCCACAAUCCAGUAUUACCAUGAUGCUGAACUCUCUUCUUGUUGAACUGGUUGGUGAUUGGGUGGACUUUUGUAUUCGAGAUUGUGACUCAAAGUCUCGUCGAACACUUCGUUGGUGUUUACAAGCCCUCGAAUUUGCUCAAGUAGUUGUAGCAGGUGGUCGUAUCGAUCAUUUGAAAUCUGUCGAGUUCUCUCAGUUGAGAGCUUGUGUCGCCAGAGCUAUGAGUCUCUUGAUCAAAUUUAUUGAUGUGCAAGGUGUUCGAUCUCAGCCAAGACCUCUAGUACCAACCGGAUCUAAAUCGUCAUCCGGUAUCGAUGGCAGUAAUGUCAUCUCACCAGAUCCAUUACCAGUGGACGCCCUCACCCCUCUCACUAGCUACGGUAGUAAUGGUGAUAGUAGUACCAGUGGUGGCGCUAGCGUUGGAUCAGCGUCCGACAACACGCUAGUAAUCAAAAACUUUGAUUUGGACACAUCUCCAUCACGUCGGCUCGGAAAGUCGUUUGUCGAUGUAGUAUGCAAGAUAGAAGAUGAGCGUAGUCGUAGGGAAACAGGGUGGAGGAUGGUUGGCAAAGUACUGGAUGAUGUCUCAUCAGAACGUGAUCGAGCUCUGAAGCAGAUUGUAUCUGAAAGCCCGCAAUUGAUGUUCAAUUGGCAACAAGGGAAAUUCCUUGGUGGUGGCUCGUAUGGGACUGUCUCGGUAGCCAUUAAUCUUGAUACUUCAGAUCUCAUGGCAGUCAAAGAAAUCCACUUCUCUGAUUCCAAGUCACUAUCGACGUUGGAAAAGUCUGUACGAGAAGAAAUGGCUGUUUUGAGACAAUUAUCACACCCAAACACUGUUGAAUACUAUGGUGUUGAAGUGCGACGUGAUCGCUUAUAUAUCUUUAUGGAAUAUUGUCCUCAAUGUCUGGCCACUAUUUUGGAUCAUGGCCGUAUUGAAGAUGAAGGUGCUGUACGAGUAUAUGUCAAGCAAAUGCUGAAGGGGCUGGAAUACUUGCAUUCCAAGGGCAUUGUCCAUAGAGAUAUCAAACCUGCAAAUCUAUUGAUUGGAAGCAACGGACAGAUCAAAUAUGUCGAUUUUGGAGCCUCAAAGAUAUACAAGUCAACCAUGACCAUUCAGAAUGGUCGAUCCUUGGUUGGUACCGCCAACUACUUAGCUCCAGAAGUUAUCACUGGUGAUGUAGCUGGAGCCAUGGGUGCUCAAGAUAUAUGGAGUUUGGGAUGUUGUGUUUUGGAAAUGAUUUCUGGCAAAAAGCCUUGGUCUAACUUGGACAAUGACUGGGCAGUGAUGUAUCAUAUUGGUAUCUCUAACUGUAAUCCUCCAUUGCCUGGCCCAGAUCAAAUGUCUCGUGAAUGCCGAGACUUUUUAUUAAAGUGCUUUACUCGACCAGCAUCUGCACGUCCAACAGUAGCUGCCUUACUGAAGCAUCCAUGGGUAAUUAAUAUCGAUGACGGAGAGUACGAAAUCACUAUGACUCCAACAGUCCGUGCUGUUGGAUCCGAGUAUCUCGAUCCGAGUGGCUCGACACUCCAUAGAAUACCCAGUAAACGACUCUUGACAGACUCUAGUCGCCGUGCAUCCUUCCAUUAUGAUUCUGAUGAAGGGAGGAUCGAAGAAAUCCGUGGCAAGAAGGGUAUCAUAGCACCACCUAACGAAGUGCCGACUCUCACAUCAGCAUCCUCGAGUACAGCGUACUCGAAUGGCGAGUCGUCGUUUGGUAUGCCUGGUCAUCGUCAUCGAUUCAAUCGACAAGUGCCUCCAGGAACGAGUCUAUCGUUGCCACCACGAGCUGAAUCAGCAUUCGCUAUGACUGAUCGUCCAUCACCCUUGUCGGAGGGUGCCAGAUCAUUUACGAGACUUGGUAGUGCUUGCUCUUCAGCAAGCGGUAGUGGCGCACCAAGUGUUAGCGGUGAACCAUGA